AUGAAAUUUCCCUUCCUUAAUGUACAAUGGACGUCAAAUAAUACAUCAAAUCCAUCACCGGUUUAUUAUACUAAUCAGAAUAUAUUAAGUCCACAAUCUUAUAAUAAUGGUACAAGUGCCACGUAUUCAUUUACUGCAGAUUUCCGACCGCAAAAUCCUACAACCAUAACACCGGAUUUUACAAUACCGUCAUCAUCACCACCGUCGACAGCAACAGCAACGACAUCGUUUAAACCCAUAAGUAAGUCAAAUAGAAGAAAUGGAAAUUUUUCAACAAAAAUAACAGCCUCUGCUUCAGCAUGUUUUCAUCAAAAUGAUAAUCAUUUUAAUAAAUAUUCACCGACGUCAGACGAGGAUUCGUUAUUUCCUCAUUCGAAUCUCUGUCGUAUAUGUGGUAAAACAUAUGCGAGACCGAGCACUUUAAAAACGCACUUACGCACUCAUUCCGGUGAAAAACCAUAUAGAUGCGACGAAUGUAAUAAAUCCUUCAGUCAAGCAGCUAAUUUAACGGCUCACGUUCGUACACAUUCCGGUGAAAAACCAUUUAGGUGUCCCAUUUGCGGCCGAAGAUUUUCACAAUCCUCUUCCGUGACGACACACAUGAGAACCCAUUCCGGUGAAAGACCAUACAGGUGCAGACUGUGUAAAAAAGCAUUUUCCGAUUCUUCCACACUCACCAAACAUUUGAGAAUACAUUCCGGUGAAAAACCAUAUCAGUGUAAAUUGUGCUUGCUUAGAUUUUCACAAUCCGGUAAUUUAAAUAGGCAUAUGAGAGUUCACGGAAGUAGUUUAACCGUUUGA